GUGAGCUCUGAGAUGUGGGAGGAGGGAACGGGAUUCUGAGUGGCCGGGCAGCUGGCGAUACAGGUGAGGGAGCUAGUUCUCGUAUCACAUAGCGUGAUACACACCUGUAUCACAUGGCAUCUCCUACCCUGCAACACUACAGCCAUAUCACCUUGUGCUAACUUCCACUAACUUCCACACCUUCCAAUACUGGAAUUAUCAGGGAUUUCCCCAACCUGUUGGAAUAUUUCCAAAAUGGCAUUCAAAAGAGUUGUAUAUUUUGUGAUAUUCACAGUUUUUGUGAUUGGUAAAUCUGCCGCUGAGGAGUCAGAGGACUGUGACAAGAAGCAUGAUGUGAAGGAACCCAACUGGCCAUUCCAGAUGAAGGCUGGUCAGAACGUGAACUACAUGCCCGUCAUGCCCAUGGCCAUGCCAGUGAUGCAGGGACAGAAGGGUGAACCCGGCGUCUGUGACAGCAGUCAGUGUAAAUGUGACUGCAGCAACAUCGUCGACCAAGCAACUUCCAGACACGAACGCAGAGCUUUACGAGCUUCUCAGGACGUACCCUAUAGACGUAAUCAACCGAGUAACUACCAACAGUAUCGGGGUUCAGGUCCACAAAAUGUUCAAAUGCAUGGAGUAAAGGGUGAGAAGGGGUCGAGGGGGGAGAUGGGUUCGAGGGGGGAGAUGGGUGUUCCGGGGCUGCCGGGCGCCAGAGGACCCCCUGGCGCCAUGGGUCAGAAGGGAGAACCGGGAAGAUCUGCAUCAAGGGGGUCAUCUCGCAGCGCCCCUGGGAUGCAGGGCCCACCGGGAAUACGAGGGUUCCCAGGUCCUGUUGGGUCUCGGGGACCUGCUGGUGUCGCAGGGAAACCGGGACGUCCGGGAUCUUUGGGUAUUCCUGGUCAGAAAGGUGAACCUGGCAAGACAGGAUUGCAAGGAGCAGACGGCCUUCCGGGCCGGAACGGAGAUCGGGGAGCGCCUGGCGUGCCAGGAGUGCCAGGAUUGACAGGUCAAGGCAGCGGUUCGAACCAGAAGCGUGUUGCAUUCACCGCCGCACUUACAGAAAACGUCGGCCCAGUGAACCUGGCCACUCCACUCAAAUACAGAGACAUCGUCCUGAACGAAGGUGCAGCCUACAACCUCAUCACCGGCAUCUUCACAGCUCCGCACAACGGCACGUACGUCCUGUCCUACAAUGCCUUGUCCCAGUACGGGCGAGCCGUGGAACUGACGCUGCUCCACAACGCAAAGAUCAUCAGCUCCGUCCAUUCCCGUGAGACGGGCGGCUACACAGGCGUCAGCAACACCAUCGCUGUUCGCCUGGCGGUAGGAGACAGACUGUGGAUCGAGCUGAGCGCGGGUAUUUACUACGUGUAUGGAGACACUGGCAGGCACUCACUGUUUUCAGGAUACCUAUUGUAUGCAGACUGAAGACACGACGAAACUGACGACUGUCAUUCGCAAUAUUUCAUUUUGGAUCAUUGAACUUUGUUACAGAGAAUUGUGAGACAUUUAUUUGACAUCAAUAUUGCAACAAUUAAUCAACUGAUAUUUUUGUAGCAAAACUUAAGAAUUGGAUUAUUUCACAUAAUCCCCAUUUCAUAUGGAUUAUGGUGCUGUCGUUACAACAUACAACUGUACACAUUUCAUCAACCAAAGUCUGAAUGUGAAAAGUGUUUCGGGACGAGCCUUUGUUUUGACUUGGACUGACAGUGUACAGAUAUCUGAACAGAAUCACGGUUUGAUUGGCAUUCUAGAAGUUGGCGAGUAAGUAAGAAAAGGAAAUCUUUAUGGAUAACAGCUUCUUGUUUAUCGCAUAUUGCAACGUUUGGAUGUAGAUUCUCACAAUGUUAUCCCGCUUGAUAACGGUGUAAGAUCUACAUUGAAUCGUGGCUAUACGCAAUAAACCAGAAGUUGUUAUCCAUAUAGAUCUACGUUUUCUUAAGUACAAAGUCAGAACAAACACCGGAUUAUUGUGGUGAAACUGUGAAGGCGGCCCCAGUACUGUUGGGCCCCCAGUGUGUGGCCUUCACACCAUCUUCCCGAGGCAAGAGAGUUAACUGACUUUAAAAGUCCAGUUUCCACCCUUGCCGAACUAGGCUGGUAUUCCUGGGCUCAUUCGUAGCGCCACCAGUGGUCAUUUUGAGUUAUGUCCCU